GUGGCCAUUUCCAACCCUGUCAGAGGUUUCUGUCAAACCUAUACCAUGUUCCUCGUCAUUUGUUCCUUUCUGCUGCUUGGUCUUGUCACCGCUGAACCAGUCACCUAUAAGGACUGUGGAUCUGCCAAAGGCAAAAUCAACUCGGUUGAUCUGUCACCGUGUCCUUCAGAGCCAUGCUAUCUGAAGAAGGGAACAAAUGUGUCUCUGACUGUGAAAUUCACUUCCAAUGAGGCUGCUCCCAAACUAACAACGGUUGUCCAUGGAAUUCUGGCGGGAGUACCCGUGCCGUUUCCGGUGCCGAACCCUGACGGCUGCACGAAUUCUGGGAUAACCUGUCCAAUCGCCAACGGGCAGACCUACAGUUAUACAGCAAUACUUCCGGUUCUGUCGUCUUACCCCAGUGUCAAGGUUGUUGUGCAGUGGGAGCUCAAGGAUGAAAACACAGACGACGUGUUCUGUUUUGCCGUGCCAGUGGAAAUCGGGAGCUGAAAAUAACAUUGCUGCUUAAAUAUAACACUCCUUACUUUUUUCAUUGCAUGUUGUGUUCUGUGAUAGCUUUAGGAAAUAAAUCGAAAUGUAAAUUG